GGAAGCAGUGUUUUAUGGCGGCUUGCAAUCGCCUGCAAACAGCUAAGAUUCUAGGAGGGAGCCUAAAGGGAUCACUUUUCAUUAGGGUAGGUAGUACGGUAGCUGUCGAGAACUGAUCACGUCAGAAGCGGAGACCAGCAGGUUUAGAUUGCGAUGGGAACUAGGAAUAUGCUUUUGGAGACAAACAGGAUAGAAGUUGGAAUGUGUCAGUGAAGUUGAAUAAGCAGCGCCACUCCUAAGAAGAAUACAGGAGAAAGCAUAAGAAGGACAGGCGCGGGCGCUGUCUUCUUUUUGCAGCAAGCAGUACAGCCUUGGGGCGGUGCAGACAGAUCAGGCAUCCAAUGCUCGACCAUCUCUGAAUAGCCACAAAUGAGAAAGGUGGCUUGACAGCACGUGGUUGCUUCGAUACUUGGUCAACAGGUUGGUUGACAGGCUUCCACAGCAUGCCCCUGGGUGGCCAUGCGGCGCGCUCCGAGCCCCAAGCGGCACUACGAGCAGCUGUUCUUGGACUUGGGGCAGACCAAUUUCACGCACACCACGUGUUCUGUGUGCGGCCUGCUGUAUGCAAUGGGUGUGCAGCAGGACGACAAGGUGCACGCGACCUUCCACAAGGCCUUUAUGGAGGGGAUCACGUUCAAGGGAUGGAAGAAGGAGCGGGCGUUUCGUGUCGCAGGACGACCAGAUCAGAGGAUUGUGCUCAUCCUGCCGGGAGACGGCGAAGUGCAUCAGAGAAAGGUCAGAGAAGUUGCGGCGGUGAUGGAGGCGGACCUCGGACUGGCAGAGGAGUGGCUGCUGAGCAAACCUUGCAAAGUGUAUCUGUACAUCGCUGCUUCCAAGGUCGUGGGCUGCCUCAUGGUCGAGAGCAUCUCCCAAGCUUACAAAACCAUACUCCUGCGGCCCCCUCAAGAAGCAGAGCAGAGAGACGCCCUGCUGGAAGCGACACCUGCAGCUGACGUCAGCAAGGGCGACGCAUUCGUCAGUACGGGGCGGGUCUUUCCAGGGCCGGGGGCCGCCUCGGGGGUGGCACAGGGGGCACCGGGAUCCGUUUUGAGAGAGGGCUCUGUUGGCGGAGAGGUUUCGGAGGCGAUUGAGGGACACAACGGCCGGGAAGCGAGCGAGAAAGGAGUGCAGCCAGUCGAGAAGGUCGGUACUUCAGCGAAGGGAGGUGUGAGUACAGUCGAAAGGGCAGUCGCUACCGCGGACGAUGGUUUGGGAAAGGCCCGGACUGAGCCGUUGGAAGAGGAACCUGUUGAGGGGUUCGUGGAGGAUUGGCGAAGGGGGGACAGUUUAGCAGGGGUUCCGGAGGCAGGUUUAGACUUGCAAGGACGAGACGAUUCGACUGCUGUCUUUGACGUAACGAACAGAGGUGAGCCCGGGAGCGCUCGAGAGGGGGACCGCGCGGGUGCUGAAAUUGGGCGAGCAUUUCAUUGUCGUACGGCCCGGGCGGAAGGCGGGAAGGAAGGAGAGAUAGGAUCUGGCGAGCGGGCAGCACGGGAAGAAGAACUAGAUGGAGGGAACGAACAGACAGCAGCGUUUGGACAGCCGACAGGUACAGGUAAACCGGCACAGCACGCAGGUGAAUCAAACUCUUUUGACGUUAGUAGCGUAGGCGAUGGGCAUCCGGACUUCGUGGGGGAAUGUUUGGAGCGGCGAGUGGAUCCGGAAACGGGUCCAAGUCGAAGAGGGCGGCAAGGCACGGGACCGAGCUCCGGCCAAUCAGCUGCCGCGCCUGAAAGAUACCCUGUGGCUGUGACGCAACACGAAUGCCCAGCGGUGGAUGCGUUGCAGCAGCCCUGUCAACUCCCGUCCCCAACUCCACAACUUUCCGAGCCCCUCGGACAACCAGAGCGGCUUCAACCAUUCACCGAAUCGAAGUUCGAAACCCCAAAACCCCUCCCGUCCCAACAAUCAGCUCGGCCUAAAAAACCGUCGGAAGGCCCGAGAGCCCUCCAGGGGCGCCCCUCCCUAUACGCCCAGAUGAUGUCAGCGUCCGGCAGGAAGCGGGUGAAGAGCGAAAAGCGGACGUCCGAAGUGAAGGAAUUGACGUUAGUGGGGGAGCCGCAGGCGCUCAUGUGCCGAACGGAGGCGGUGCGAGCGACGUGCGGGGUGCGGGCGAUUUGGGUGCGCAAGGCGGAGCGGCGAAAAGGGGUCGCCACGGCACUUAUGGAUGCAAUGAGGUCAUCCUUCGUCACGGGCUGCGUUUUGGAGCCAUCUACGUGUGCUUUUUCUCAACCGACCCCGGAUGGCAGGCGCUUUGCAGCAAGAUAUUGCAAAACUGACACGUUCCUCGUCUAUCAGUAGUGCGGACAUUAGAGGGCCUGCCAGGCCAGGGCCCAAUUGAUUUCUGUCUUGCUUCUCUAAAGCAGCAAUCACGGCAAAGCCGCC